AGAACUAAAAGAAAAUCACGGAUUUGAUAUCUAUGUAGAAUCAUGGGAAAACAAUUCUAAGUUUCCUUUUUCUUCUUAACAUUAGUAGUCAAUGGUGGAAGUUAAACAUAAAUCGUGCUGUUUUUCAUUAAUUACGCAGUACAAUUCGUUGUCAAUGAGUAACCCGAGUUGUUUGCAUAUCUCAUCUUUCAUGUGUCCUGGUCAUAUUGAAUAGAAAUUCUUUUUAUUUGUAAAGAAACAGAAAGAUCAAGCAUGUCUGCAUCACCAAUUGCAAGGCAAGCUACUCAAAGCCAAAGUAUACCUUUGAAGAAAAUUGUGUUCAAUGAUCCCAGUCAGUUACCCGCUGAUUAUUCAUCCACUCCUGGUGGAACUCUUUUUUCAACUACACCUGGAGGUACCCGCAUAGUUUAUGAACGUGAUUUCUUGAUGAAUUUACAAAAUUCUCCUAUAUCUCGAACACCACCUCAAAAUAUAUCAUCUAUACCCACGGAAAUAUUGAAGAAUUCAUCUGCAGUUAGUACAACACCUGCAAAAACUCACAUUAAUAGAGAUACUUCAAUAAUUGAGGAAUCUGCGGAACAGUUUGAGAUGGAUAUGUAAAAUAAUCUGUAAUUACAAUGUGUUUGCAUUGCAACAGCCAUUUAUAUGAAUAGUAAUAAUCGGUGCAUCACAGGAAAACGUAUUAGUAAUGUAUCUUUUUGUAUAAAUAUAUCAUUGGAGAUCUUAGUGAUAUAAGUCUUUGUACAAUUUCAUUUGGAAAUAUUAAAUAUAAUGAAAUAAUUGUA